AUGGCCACGACAAGUGAGAAGAUGGAAGCAUCCACAGCUACAGUCAACAACGUGUCAGUAACGUCUCUGGUAGACCUCAAGGGCAGGUCCUCGAUACCAACGCAGUCGCUCCCUCGAACCACCUCGUCGCAGUCCCCCGAAUACCGCCACCAGCUUGCCGAGAUCUCAUCACGAGCCACUCUCGGCGAGCCACUGAACAUUGCCUUCCAACAAGAAAAGACAGGCAGGGCCACAGCUGUGACACCAGACCUCCUCUAUAUCGGCGCCAAAGGGCGGAUCGAGACCAAGGUGGCCGCCGGCGCGUCAGUUGUCGAGGCAGCCAACUUUGCAGCAGUGGCAUGUUGGGAGCCGCCAUCGUCCACUCCGCAACCAUUCACGGAGGCACAGUUUGCGGAGAUGGCACGGGAGAGGCCCGUCUUUGCACAGUUUGCCCGAGACAUCCAAGACGCGAGGCUGGAUUGUCUGGGCCCCAGUCAGCCAUAUUGGACCCUUUCGAUGAUGGCGCGGGAUCCCAAGCGCAAGGACAAGGGCGCCGUCCGAGCUGUCAUUGAACCCUAUAUCAAUCGAGCCAAAGAGGAGAAGGUGCCGUUGUGGCUGGUGGCCGGGAACGAGAGGGCCAGGGAUAUCUAUGCAUACUUUGGCUUCAGGGUUGUCAGGGCCAUCUAUUCGUAUCCGGGGGACAGCAAAGAAGGCGACGGUGUUGUGGUGUCAUGGUGCAUGGUCUGUAACUGGCCGGUAGAAUAG